AUCAGAAAACGUGAACAGUUAGGAGCAUGGACCUCUUCUCUUCUUCCUCGCAGAGCAAACUAAUACUAGUAUAUCCCAGCUUCACAAAACGAAGAUACCUACGAAACCCACAACACUUCACCGCUUGCGUGUGCGCCCAAUGAAAAACAACUUGCAAGCUACAGCUGCGAGAGCACAUGCCGCAAACCCACAAGCCAAGUGGCUCUAUAUAUAGCGAGCAAGUAGGAGAGGACUACCGCCACUGCACCACCGUGACAUCUCUGCAUCUCAAGGUCCUACGCCCAUCCACACGCCUGUCCAUCCCCUUGCCAACAACCUCUGCUCUCCUCUCGCUGCCGACCGACCGUUAGCCAUGGACGCCGCCUUUCUCUCGCUCUCGCCGGAGCUCCGCGACGCGCUUGUCAAGGUCGCCGUGUUCGUGCUCGUCCAGGGGCUGGUCUACCUCAUCCUCCGCAGCUCGUCCAACGUCUUCUCCGAGGACGGCGGGCUCAGGUCCCUCAGCUUCCAGUCGAUGCGGUCCAUGAGCAUCAGGCGCGUGCUGGCGCCGCUCUCCGACGUCCCCGUCGGCACCGACGAGCUCUCGACGUCGCCGUCGUUGUUGUCCGCGGCGUCGCGCCGCUGGCUUAGCCGUGAGGAUUGAGAUGCCCCCGGAGCGGGUGGUGCAUCUCGAAGGCAAACUAGGUAGUUUGGUCGUUCUGAAUUGUAAUUGGUUGGUUAUACAGUUGAUUGAUGAUGGAAAUCGUAUUUGUCUAUUGAGUAAAAUGCACCGGCGGCCUCUGAACUUGGCAGGGGGUGUUAUUCCGGUCCCCAAACUUCCAAAAUACACAUCUGAGUCCCUAA